AUGGAGUUGAUGUUGGGUAUCGCUGGAAACUCACAAGUGGCAGCAUUCGUCCCGGGUCUUGACUUUACCAUCUCCAAGCGAAUAACAAUUGCUCUGGGGGUCAGUAUGUGCUAUCUGGGGACGUGUUUGCUAGCGGCAUCUUUAAUCGGAUUCCCCGUGCCUCUUAUGAUGCAGUUUGGAGUUAUUCCCAUCUCAAUACUCACACCAUUAAUCACAAGAAUCAUUUUGGGUCCAGCUCUAGUCGCGAAAGACUCGCCUUUCAAGAAACCAUCCGAUACAUUCCAUCGGUUCUUCUUCGCACAUAUGACGCUCAUCGGCGUUUACCCUCUCUGCAAAGUGCUUUACAACCACGUACCCUUGGCCUAUCGAAGUAUUGUUGUUAUUGCUUUACCAAUUUGGAAGUUCGCCGCCAAGAGUUUUGUUGUUCAAUCAUCUCGUCAACUGGAAGACUAUAUGCCUGAACUUGUGGCUUUUUCUGUCGAUUUUUCGGAACGCUCUUUGUACGUGGGUCAGUCACUAUUGGAAUUUCGUGAAGUGUAUUCGAACGCUAAGGCCGUGCUCGAACUUCUCGAAGACCGACACUCUUCUCAAGAGCAUCUUCCUCGCACAAAAAGUCGACGAUUGAGUAGAUUAGAAAAUACUGAACUGCUGACAAUGAUCGUAUCUUUCACACGGAAUCCUAGAGCGUACAACGUCAAGUGGUUGGACGGGGCACGUCUGUGGUCUUGUCUUCCUCAUCCGAUAACGCAAGAGCAGCUUGGGCAUCUCCAAAUGCUGGAAGCAUCGGGAGUUUACGUUCAAGGAUCCAAAGAUUUUGGUUCAAAACGCCCAAACCCAAAGAACCAACCUCGAUUCUCACAACGCGUGUCAGUCGCUCCUGUCCCUGCUUCUCCGAUUCUUGCAUUCGAACCCAGUUUAAAGACUACAUGUAUUAAGGAUACUCAAGACUUUAACGCUAGACGGACCGACAGACCGAAAGAACUUGCUUUACAAGGACUCCAGCUACUCUUCCACUGUGAAUAUCUCGCGUUGGUUGAGUACGUCGAGUGUGUUGUUCCACUCGUGUUUGCAACGUAUAGACUGAUACUACGGCAACUACCGAAUGCUAUCUACUACCCAAAUGAUGAUGAGAACUGGAGUGUGGCGUCCGUUGUAAACUUGUUGGUCUUCGCCAUGCUCGAGCUCGCGUUCGUACUUGAAACUCAAAUGUGUCCUGUUCAAGUUCACCUUUUCGUUGCUCUGAUCAUAUUGCUGCAAUACGAACUCUUUCAUUUAGGUGCUGAUUUCAGUCUUCAGUUCGAGUGGCUCAAGGACACGUAA